GCUUUCAACAGCAAUACUGAUCGGGUGGUGUGAUGGUUGAACAAUACAAAUACAUGUCACUGUUCUUCAAUAAUAUUGAUCAGACCUACGCUACUUUGCUAUUUGCGAUCGACUUGUCUUCUAUUUUUGUUAUGCAAUAGCACCCCCGUCAUUCCGUUGCGGACUAGGGAUUUAUCUAUCACAAUAUAUCACAAUGUCUUCUUCGUUAGCAGCCUCGGUUGAUGGGGCCACGACCUCAAGCAAUCCUACCCAAUUGGGAAUUGUAGUCACCGCCGUUAACAGCCAGGGUGAAAUCGUCAUCUCUCACUCCUCCGGCAAGACCAGCCUCAAACCAGAUGCAAUCCCCAUCACAGUUGGCUCUAUCUAUCGACUCGCCAGCGCAACAAAAAUUAUCACCAGUAUUGCAGCCUUACGACUGGUGCAGUCUGGCAAGCUCUCACUAGACGAUGCCUCCCUCAUCGAACGGCAUCUUCCAGAAAUGUGGAGUCAAGAGAUAUUCACGAGUGUCCCUGGCCAGCUGCCAUUCACGUACAAAAAGCGCCAGAAUCCGAUAACUUUGCGUCAUCUGCUUUCGCACACCUCGGGAAGUGGCGCCGACAUACUUGAUCCACGGCUGAUGGCCUGGAGGAAGGAAAGAGGGGAGCAGUGCAUGACACUUACCGGCGCUGUCGUUGAGGGAAACAGCACGCCUGGGCUCUUCGAGCCGGGAGAAGGAUGGAGCUAUGGCGGAGGCUUGAACUGGACUGGCUUGCUGAUUGAGCGUGUUAGUGGCGUACGACUUGGCCAGUUCUUGCGUAAAGAGGUUUUCGAUGUCCUUGGAUGUGACGAGCGGAUUGGGUUUGAAGGGGAACUAGAAGGGAAGGAGAAGGUGAUGUUGGUCACGAAGGCGAAGAAGGGGGAAGCGCUGAGGGAGGUUCCUCCCGUUCCUGUGAGAGCUGAACUUGGGGGUGGGGCAUUGCUGUCUUCUACAGCCAACUUCGUCAAGAUCCUGCAAGACAUCAUCAAUCCAACGUCAAAGUUGCUCGAGACGAAGUGGUUGGAUGAGCUUUUUGCGCCACAGCUUCAGUCGGCGCCCUCGCUCAAGGCUCUGCAAGGUUCUGUGCCCAUGUUCUCGCCUCUGACGGGGCCGUUAACCUCCUCUGUCCCGUUGUCUGCUGUCAACCACGGCCUGGGUGGACUCCUGAUCACCGAGGACAGCAGCGAAUUGGGAAAGACGAAAGGUACCUUGGCUUGGGGCGGAGCCUUCAAUUGUGUAUGGUUUGCCAAUCGACAGCAGGGCAUUGCGGGCUAUUAUGCGAGCAGUAUUUUUCCUCCAGGUGAUCCCGAGACCAGUGGUUUUUGGGCGCAAUUCGUCCGCGAGGCCUGGGGCAAGGCUGGUGGCGGCCAGUAAUUAUACUCAGUGGAAGUCUAGAAGAUGGAAAUAGUAUAGGCACUUAGGAGAGAAACCCGUGUUGGUGUAUUUGAUAAAUGAAAGAAGGCGACUUUGGCGCUGCAACAUCCUCCAUGCUAGACACCAAUCAUAUCUAACUAUUUAUCAUAGAAACUCGCUUGACGCGUAAG